AUGACAACGGUCGAAAAUUUGAAUUUCAAAAUUAAAACCUUGCUUCACAAUGAUCCACAAGCUCGCAAUCAUCCUGUUGCUCGUCUUGUGAUUGAUAACGACUACAUUUUGAAAGCUGGAGAAAUUAGAUAUGAUGUACUGAUGUACUUGUUAAAUAGAUACUUCCUUCCUGCUGGAUAUUUCUCCGAUGAUAUCAAUCACAUGCUGCGACUUCCGUUAGAUAGCAAUGACCACAAAGAACAAGCAAUUCUACAAGCAUGUUCUUGGCUCGGAAUUGUUGAAGGUUGUGAUUUGAAUUUGGUGAGAGGGAGUGAGUGCUGUACUCGAGAGAGAAAUAUUAAGUUCAUUAAUGAUUUAUUGGAACUAGUAGAGACUGUGAAGGAAUAUCGCCCUGAAGAAACCAAGCAACAAUUUGCAAAUGAUUUCAAUUUUAUUAAUCAUGUUUGUCACAACAUGAAUGCAGUACUCGUAAACGAUGUCAAGUUAUUCUCCAAUGACAUGACAUCCAAGUUCAAGAAAAAGAAACUUCCAGACAUACAAUCUUUCCAAAAAGAUGUAGAAAAAGCUAAUACUCAUAUUACUAGAUAUCAAGAAAUCAUUGAAGACCUGCAAUCCAGAAUUAAUGAGCAAAACAAAGGCAUUCACGUCGAUAUGAAUCAGAAUCCUUGGGAUGGAAACUAUUUUUGCAUGUCAAAUCUAUCUCAGGAACAUUUAGAAAAGAUUAAGCAAGUUGGAGAGGCAGUUCAACAAUUUUCUACACUUGUUGAUGAUUUUAUUAGAGUGUUUAAGGAAGAAUUUGCUCAAUGGGUCAUUAACAACAAACCUCAAGAAGAGUUGUCUCCAUUGGAGAAUGUGACACUGAAAAUUACAGACAGCUUGACACAUUUAGAGAAUUUCAUUGAAAAUGUGCAUCAUAUUAGAGAGUCCUACCAACAACUCGUGAACAAUGGUACCACGAUUCAGACAGCUCUUAACAGCUACAACAGCUUUAUUCAACCUAAACUAGAUCUAUUGGAGCAAUCCUCUUGGAUCAGCGGUGGAGCCAUGACACAAAAUUUUUCAUUCUCCUUGUUCGGAAAUAGAAAACAAUCGAAUGUUAAAAAACUUACAUCGAUACAAAUCAAGGAAAAUGCAUUCCGAAAUGAAUUAUUGACGAAGGAUGAAGCCUAUAAACAUUGUCUUUCUCAUGAAGUUUUAACACGACAAUUAUUGGAAUAUUUUGAAAUUAUUCAUCAAAUCAAUAUGAAUCAAUCGAAUAUUAAUACCAACUGUGACAAAUCCAGUGGUUUGAGUAACACGGAUUUUCUGUUGUUGAAAAAGAGAACAUUACUUCCAAACGUGAAUGGAGACGGAGUUUUUUUGAAAGGGCAUGUGAAAAAAGGCCAAGUAGUUUGUCUUUAUCCUGGAAUGGUUUAUGAUAGUAAUGACCCCAUUUUCUUUCAAUCAAUAGGAAAUCAUUUUAUCAACCAAAGAAGUCCAUGUUGUCGUGUGGAUGGCAAUGACAGAUUCAUUUCUAAAUUAUUCUUUCAAUCAUAUUCAACACGCGAUGAUAUUAUUUUAACCAAUGGCCAAGUCAUUAAGCAAUGUGAUGAUUCAUGGCUUAAUUUUCGUUAUGUGCAUGAUCAUGCCUAUGAAGAUAUGGUUGGCAAUGCUUACAGCGAUGAUACUGCCUAUUGGAAAAUACGAAAGCAAUACUCAAUCAAAAAUCAUCUAAAUAUUGGACAUUACAUUAACUCACCUGUCAUCAAUGAGGAAACAUCCAACCACAACGAUCAUCAAAAUCUCCACUUUGAAAGUAAUGUCAUGUACUAUGAAUAUAAUUUCAAGUUACAUGAAUGGCCACUUCAUCUUCGACAAUACAUUCCAAAUCUCUCAUACAAACCACUUUCUGAAGACGAUUCACAAUUACUCACCAAAUCUAUUUUACUAAUUGCUUUAUGUGACUUGAACAGCCCCAAAGGUGAAACUGAACUAUUUGCAAAUUAUCUCCAUUAUGAUGACAACAAUUAA